GCAGCCCCAGACGCUCAGUGCUACCCGGGCCAAGUGCUCUUUCUUGUCUCGUGCGCUCAUCUGCGAGCAUGAUGCGGCCCUUCUCGCUGGCGGUCUUCAUUGCCGCGCUUUCGAAUGCGCUCGCCGCGCCUGCCCAGCAGCCGCUGAGCGCCCCCUCGACGUCAGCCGUGCAGCGGAGACUGACUGGCCGGUUCCUGCACAUCACCGACAUCCAUCCAGACCCGUAUUACAAGCCUGGCACGUCCGUGAAGAGAGACUGCCACCGCAAGAAGCCCAGGAAGAAGAAGAAUCGCUCGGGCUAUUAUGGGACGGCGUACUCCGACUGCGAUUCGCCUCUCAGGCUGGCGAAUUACACCCUGGACUACCUGAACAAGGAGUGGACGGACGAUAUAGACUUUGUCAUAUGGACGGGAGACAACGCGCGGCACGACAACGAUAGGAAGACUCCACGAACUCUCGACGAAAUCUAUGCGCUCAACCGCGCUGUCGCGGCAAAGAUGGAGAGAGUAUUCCUGCGCAAAGGCAUUCCCGUCGUCCCCAGCCUAGGGAAUAACGAUGUCUGGCCCCAUAACAUCUUGAUGCCAGGACCGAAUGCCAUUACGAACGAGUUCGCGUCGAUAUGGAAGUCCUUCAUACCAUUUCACUACCUCCAGGUCUUCCAGCGAGGCGCGUAUUACGCGACCGAGGUGAUACCCAACCAAAUUGCUGUCAUCGCCCUCAAUACCAUGUACUUCUACGAUUCAAAUCACGCGGUUGGCGGCUGCGAAUUCGGCGACCACUCUGACCCAGGCAAUCUCGAACUGGACUGGCUCGCUGUGCAACUACAGGGCUUUCGCGAUCGGGGCAUGCAUGUGUAUCUCAGCGGCCACGUCCCGCCUUCGCCUGGCAAUUUCUUCCCGGAAUGCCACGUGCGCUACACGGAGUUGAGUCUACGAUACCAGGACACGAUCCUGGGCCAUCUCUAUGGACACAUGAACGCAGAUCACUUUUUCUUCAUCGAGGAGGGAGAUUUGGACCCCAUCCUGGAGGACGGGGUGAGGGAAAUGAACGCCGAGGGAGAGAUGACGGAAGAGUCAAUGAGCUUGUUCGACAUGACGCAAGGACCGCUUGCACCGACGGAAGACCUACCUUUGCCGUCGGACGGCCUUUCAGUGCUAUCUGCGGGUCCGCACUCCCAAGAAGACCAGGCGGGUCCCCUAUGGAACAGCGACCUCUGGGAAACUUUGGUGAACGACUUUGGCGAGAUGACGAAGGACAAGCUGGACCUCGACGAGUACGCGGUGGUCAAUGUGGGGCCGUCCGUGGUACCGAACCCAUACGUGCCUACCUUCAGAGUGUACGCGUAUAAUGUCACUGGGGCCGAGGGUUAUGGGGUUGCGCCCGUUCAGGCAGUCAGCCAGGACGAUGAGCUGCAAGAAGGACCUCCGGAAGAGGAACUUUGGGCCGAGGAGGAGGACGCGGAACUCGAGGAACUUUUCGACGAAGAGAACGCCUCGGACGGUGUCUCUUCCGACAUCGCACCAUAUGACGACGAUACGAACGAGACUGCUGAAGAAGACGCGGUCUUCCGUACGAGCAAGAGGAAGCAUGGGCACCGUCGCGGAGCCCACGGCAAGCGCAAGCAGUUGUGCAAGGAGGAAAAAUACCAGAAAUUGUGGACGUGCCACCUUCAACAACCUUGGCAUUCGGACCCGUCAGCGCCGAGUCGGCGGAAUACGCUGUGGACGCCGUUGGGCUACGCGCAGUACUACAUUCCGAAGCUGGGCAAGGCGAGCAAGCGCCGGAAGCCCAAGUUCGCGCUCGAGUACGUAACGUACGCGCGCGAACAGCUUCAAGGGGAGGCGGACGGCAUGCUCCCCGUCCCGCGACGGCAUCUUCCCAAAGAACUGCGCGAGGGGAAUGGGACUGCGCAUGCAGGGAAGGCUGGGCGGGGUGGGCUCGUGCCGUAUGGGAUGCGCGACCUGACUGUGGGGUCGUGGGUCAAGUUGGCGCGGAAGCUGGGGGACGAGGGCCAUGCUAAGCUGCGCAAGCGGUUCAGAAAGUUCAUGUAUCAGGGCCGGGGACGACAAGGGUGAUGGCGUAGACUAUCGUCGACACAGACAACCUGUAGCUGAUUUGGGAGUGCGCUGCCACUGCUACACGUGUAGUCGGGAUAGAGUUGGUUGAUGCGGCUGAAUGCGGCUGGGGCGCACGAGGGCAAUUUGAAACUUUUGCGGAGGGAGU